AUGGCCGCUGUCGAAGCCACCACGCCGAAUGGCUUCAGGACCAACGAUGCACCCACCCCAGAGCAGCCUCAGAUCGAUCUCAAUGGCGAUGCCUCGGAUGAUGCAGAUCUGUUCGGAGAUGACGACGACGAGCCGCAAGCAGACACGGACAAUAAACCUCGAACACUAGACGACAAAGAGCUGGAUUCCGGCGACGAUGAGGGCCGCGCGGACCGCGCAGACCGCGUUGCGGAUACCGUUGAGGACUAUGGCGUGGAGGAAGAGCAGCGCGAAACUGUCAUGUGCGAUGUCGACAUUGCGCGCAUCCGAAUGCCCGAGGGUGAUGAGCUCUACGCUCUCAAUAUGCCCCCUUUCCUAGGCUUGAAUCAGCGGAAUUUCCACUACCCAACCUAUGAGGCUCCUACCAAACCUCAUGAUGCCUCGUCAAUGAAGUCUACUGAUAAAUUUUCUGCCUUCUCCACCGCUGCUUCGACAAUACACUGGCGUCGCGAUCCAAAUCCCCAGAACAGCGACAUUCUGCAGUCCAACGCGCGCAUCAUUCGGUGGUCCGAUGGCAGCCUCUCGCUACAGCUUGCGUCCAAGCCAACUCAGCAAUACCGUAUCUCUACCAAUGCUCUUCGUCAGAACUAUGAUAUCAAGACGAACACCGUUCGCAAACCCCCGGUGCCCUACGAUCCCAAUCGUGAUACUCAUAACUACCUGGCGGCCCCUCACAACACCUCAGGCUUGGAUUCGCAAAUCACUCGGCCAAUAGACGCUGCCCUUCGCAUUCAACCUUCUGGCGACCUGGCUGAUGAAUCGGUGUCUAAACUCAAAGAUGCGCUCUUCCGCGCCGCAGACCUUGGAGACCCUCUGGCCACUAUGUCCAAACUCAAGCAAGACCCUGAUUAUCAGCGUGCUAUGGCGGAGAAGGCCGAGAAAGACCAACUCAAAGCCGAUCGUCGCCUCGAAAACGCGCGCCAGAGGACAGCUGCUCGCCGCGACGGCGUUCUAGGGCGUUCUGGGCUGGGCGGCAGCGGCCGGGGUGGACUCUCUGUUGCUGGGUUGGAAGAUGAUGAGGGUAUGCCAUCUGCACGGGGCUCGAAACGAAAGGGCGACAAGCGGCGGCCGAAGACUAACCGUCACGGCAUCAUCUACUCCGACAACGAGGACGAGAGUAUGCCGCGCGGUCGCACCAGAGAAGACGAGUACGACAUGGAGGAUGGCUUUCUCGCGGAUUCCGAGGAGGAACCUGAGACAUAUGAGGACGAUGAAGAGCUCCCCGAAGAAGACGAGGACGAGGAUGCCGAAGGCGAGGUGGACGAGGAGGUGGCUGCGGCACCGUCACAGUCGCGGAGGGAACGAGAGCAGACGCCGAAGCGCGCCGCGGACGACGAUGAUGAGGAGGGCGAGAUCGCCGAUGGCGACGGCGGGCGGGGCAGUCCCAGUCAGAUAAGGAAGAAGCGGAGGGUCAUUGAUGACGAGGAUGAGUAA